AGUUUGGAUGUCUGUACCAAUUGAAAAUAACAAUCUUGUUACCUUUGACUGUGGUAUUAAAUAAAAAGUUAGAAUUGUAAAUACUAAUACAAAAAAUAACCAUACUUAAAAUGAGAUGAAUAUAGUUUUUAAGUCAGAUUAAUCCUCAUUGAUAAAUGCAUUUUUGGGAAUUUAAUCUUUAGACAUUUAAAUAGCAAAAUGCUCUAUUGGUUGUAAAAUUUGCUUUGGAGCAGAACCAACUAUGUGUAUCACUUGCAUAAAAAAAUGGGGUUUUUAUAAAAAUCAAUGUAUUCCUGGUAUUUAUUUAAUUUUAGGUUAGCUCCUCCAAUUGAGAGUGGUUAUGUUAAAAUUGUAUAAUUUUAGGAUUAAAAUAUCAAUAUUUCUGCCGCAUUUGAAAUAUCUAUUGAUGAAGUGAAUCAAAAUAUUAUAGAUGAGGGGUAGCAAAAAUUAAUUGUGAGUUCGUAUAUUUCAACUCUUACAUUUUAAAUCUUGGUUAGAUGUUAGGAAAACUAAUAAAUUGAAAAUUAUUUUAGGAAUUGCAGUUAAUGCAAGGCUGAUUAAUUUCAAUUUUUAAAUAAUACUUCUAACAAAAACAACGCUUUAAUAUAUAAUGCAUUGUUUAUGUAAGUUGUAGCUUCUGAAAAAGAAUUGAUAAUUAGAGUUUCACAAACAAAACUAGAAAUCGUUGAAUUAUCAUUAGUAGAUUAAGUAGAAUAAGAAGUUUUAAUAAUGAAAAUUAAGAUUUUAUAGGGAUGA